UUUCCGGGAGAGAAAUGACCAGACAGUAAACUACAAUGACGGGUUUGGCUGUUACGGUUCUCCUCGGUGUGUUGGUGGAUGUGUCCAGUGGAAUGAUGAGUAUUCAGCUGAUCCCUCAGAAUCCGGUCAUCGGAGGAUCUGUCACUCUGAGUGUUACUGGAAAUACUGGGACAAUUCGGUCUUUCUUCUGGUAUAAAGGAUCAGAAAUGUAUUUUCCAUGUCAUAUUCUUUCAUAUUCACCCCAUAAAGAAACACCCCUAACUACUGGACCAAUGUACAACCAUCGACUUACAGCUUUUCCCAAUGGAUCAUUACUGAUCUCCAAUCUAACAUCCACAGACCAAGGUCAUUAUGUAGUGAAAGCAGAUUUGGAGGAAAUGGUAGAUGAAGCCUUUAUAUUGCUGCAUGUCUACGAUGUGUCUCCUGAUAGCGGUAAUGUUAAGAAGCAAGCUGGAUGCAGCGUCGGAUCCAUUGUUGGGACAGUUUUGGUUGUUGUUUUCCUGUUGAUUGUUGCAGGUUUUCUGGUAUACUAUACCUAUAAAACAAGAAACCAGGACAAUGGGCCUUCAGUUGACACAUCUAUCCAAUUGCCCAAUAAUGAAAAUGCACAGAACACUACAAUGGAUCAAGGUGCAACCGCAGACUCAGAUUACACAAGUUUGCAGUUCAAGUCAGAAGACAUAUACACAGCGCUAAAGAACUGACACACAACUAAUUCUCCAUGUAAUGGACAAUCUUCCCUGUGACCAUAUUGAAAAUGGUUGUAAUAAAACAAGGAAAACUA